CCCGCCCGCUCUCGCCGUACGGCAGUGUCGCGCCGCGCCGGCUCUUGGCGGCAGCGGAACCGGCGGGCCGUAAGGCAGGUACUUGAACUGGGAUUUGAUUUCUCAUCCUAUGGAUCACUGAAUGAGUAACAGAUGGCCUUGCCGCGUCUUACAGGCGCUUUACGCUCCUUUUCAAAUGUCACUAAACAUGAAGAUUACAGUGAAGAAUUAGCUGAUUUAACGACUAAAAGAUCAAAAUACAUGCCCCAGUUGCUGAAGUCUGAUCUUACUUGGAAGAAGAUAAUAAAGUUUGUUGAUGACAAUUUGGACAAAAAAGAAUACCAAACUGUAAAUGGUGAUUUAAAAACAAUCCUACAAGCUGCAAAACAAAUAGUUGGAGCUGAAAAUGGACAAGAAGCAAUUGAAAGUGGAGCUGUUUUUCUUUUAAGACCUUUCAUGAAGGAAUGUGUUGGCCAUGAUGAGACAAAGGUGAUCAAGCAGAUGUUUGGGCCAUUUCCAUCAUCAUCUGCUACUGCAGCUUGCAAUGCCGUGUCUCGGAUUGCUUCUCACUUCACUGAGGAACAGCUUAGAGCCCUCAUACAGUUGGCUGAAGAGCAAAAUGGUGAUAACCAGUGUUUGUUUGGUAAAAAUAUUGUGUUUUCAUUUGACAUGCAUGAUUUGGAUCACUCUGAAGAGCUGCCUGUGAAUGGUGAGACUGAUGCGCAGAAAAAUAUAAGCUUAGAUUAUAACAAAUUUUUGAAUAACCAGCUGAAUCACUUACAGAACUACUGUGAUGAGAAAUCUAAUAUCAAAUCUUUGGAAAAAAUAGAUGUCUUUUUAUGGUGUGAAGUUGGAAAGUACCUGAAGGAAUCUCAAGGAGGUAACCCUGGAGGGCCAACAACAGAAGACCUCUGCUGCACUUUAUAUGAAAUCCUUGCUUCUACCAAAAGUGCCGAUGAACUUCAAAAUGAGUUAUUUGAACUGCUGGGCCCUGAAGGUUUUGAACUCAUAGAGAAACUCCUACAGAACAGAUCUCUGAUUCUGCAAAGAUCUUUGACUUGUCCAAAUGAUAACAGGUUCCAGGCUCUCCAAGAACAGUGCAAGAAGUUUAUAGGAGAAAAUGCUAAGCCAAAUUAUGGUUGUCAAGUCACAAUUCAAUCUGAACAAGAAAAGUUGUUAAUGAAACAAUAUCGUCGGGAAGAAAAACGAAAUGCCAGAAAAGAAAAACAAGCUGGGGAAGAUGGAGAAGUUUCUGUAGAAGGACAAAUGUGCUUUGAUCCCAAAGAGCUGCGGAUACAAAGAGAACUAGCACUUCUGAAUGCUCGAAGUAUGCCAGUCCUAGGUAGACAGAGAGAGAUAAGCAUCGAAAAGAUUCAUUAUCCACAUGUCUAUGAUUCCCGAGCUGAAGCUAUGAAAACAUCAGCAUUCAUUGGGGGUGCAAAGGUGGCCUUACCAGAGUCAGUUCAGCGAGAAAACAAUAAAAUGUAUGAAGAGGUGAAGAUACCUCAUAGUGAACCAAUGCCUAUUGGUAUUGAAGAGAAAAUUGUUUAUAUUAAAGACUUAGAUGAGAUUGGACAACUGGCUUUUAAAGGCAUGAAAAGAUUAAACCGAAUCCAGUCCAUAGUUUUUGAGACUGCCUACAACACAAAUGAGAACAUGCUGAUCUGUGCCCCCACUGGAGCUGGGAAGACUAACAUUGCCAUGCUGACAAUCCUUCAUGAAAUUCGCCAGCAUGUCCAGCAUGGUGUUAUCAAAAAGGAUGAGUUUAAGAUUGUGUAUGUUGCUCCUAUGAAGGCUUUGGCAGCCGAAAUGACAAAUUACUUCAGCAAGCGUCUGGAACCACUUGGCAUUACUGUGAAAGAGUUGACUGGUGAUAUGCAACUGUCAAAAGGUGAAAUUCUGCGAACACAGAUGCUUGUGACUACGCCAGAGAAAUGGGAUGUAGUGACAAGGAAAAGUGUUGGUGAUGUAGCCCUCUCUCAGCUGGUAAAACUCUUGAUUCUUGAUGAAGUUCAUCUACUGCAUGAAGACAGAGGACCAGUACUCGAAAGUAUAGUAGCACGAACUUUACGACAGGUUGAAUCUACACAAAGCAUGAUUAGGAUUUUGGGUCUUUCGGCUACAUUACCCAAUUAUCUUGAUGUUGCUACAUUUCUACACGUCAAUCCCUACAUUGGAUUAUUCUACUUUGAUGGCCGUUUCCGACCCGUACCUCUGGGACAAACCUUUAUAGGGAUCAAGACUACCAAUAAGGUGCAGCAGCUGAAUCAUAUGGAUGAAGUAUGUUAUGAAAGUGUGCUGAAGCAAAUAAUGGCUGGACACCAGGUGAUGGUGUUUGUUCAUGCUAGAAAUGCUACAGUACGAACUGCUAUGGCUCUUCGAGAAAAAGCAAAAAACAAUGGUCAUAUUUGUCACUUCUUGUCACCCCAAGGAUCAGAAUAUGGACAAGCUGAAAAACAGGUACAGAGAUCCAGAAAUAAGCAGUUACGUGAGCUGUUUCCAGAUGGAUUUAGUAUUCAUCAUGCAGGAAUGCUGCGGCAAGACAGAAGUUUGGUUGAGAACUUGUUUUCUAAUGGACAUAUCAAAGUCUUGGUUUGUACAGCUACACUUGCUUGGGGUGUCAAUCUGCCUGCUCAUGCUGUUGUUAUUAAGGGAACACAAAUAUAUGCUGCGAAAAGGGGCUCCUUUGUUGACCUUGGAAUUUUAGAUGUCAUGCAGAUAUUUGGUCGAGCUGGACGGCCUCAGUUUGACAAAUUCGGAGAAGGCAUCAUUAUUACAACUCAUGAUAAACUCAGUCAUUACCUGACUCUUCUUACACAGCAGAAUCCAAUUGAAAGCCAGUUUCUUGAAAGCCUUGCAGACAACUUAAAUGCAGAGAUUGCUCUUGGCACAGUAACUAAUGUGGAAGAAGCAGUAAAGUGGAUAAGUUACACUUAUCUUUAUGUACGGAUGAGAGCAAAUCCAUUAGUAUAUGGCAUCAGUCACAAAGCUUAUCAGAUGGAUCCAGUUCUAGAAAAGCACAGAGAACAAUUGGUUAUUGAAGUUGGCAGAAAACUGGACAAAGCCCGCAUGAUUCGCUUUGAAGAACGGACUGGCUUUUUUUCUUCAACAGAUUUAGGCAGAACUGCCAGCCACUACUAUAUUAAAUACAAUACUAUAGAGACUUUCAAUGAAUUGUUUGAUGCUCAUAAAACUGAAGGUGAUAUUCUUGCUAUAGUAUCAAAAGCGGAAGAGUUUGAGCAGAUAAAGGUAAGAGAAGAAGAAAUAGAAGAGCUGGAUACCUUACUAAAUGAUUUCUGUGAACUUCCUGCUCCAGGAGGUGUGGAAAACAAUUAUGGAAAAAUUAAUAUCCUCCUUCAAACAUACAUUAGCAGAGGGGAGAUGGACAGCUUCUCCCUUAUUUCAGAUUCUGCAUAUGUUGCACAGAAUGCAGCUCGUAUUGUUCGAGCUCUUUUUGAGAUUGCCCUGAGGAAGCGUUGGCCUGCCAUGACCUAUCGGCUACUGAAUCUCAGCAAAGUCAUUGACAAGCGGCUGUGGGGCUGGGUGAGCCCUCUGAGGCAGUUCUCUGUCUUACCACCAUCUGUCCUCUCCAAACUGGAAGAGAAGAAUCUCACUAUAGACAAGAUGAAGGACAUGAGAAAAGAUGAGAUAGGUCAUAUGCUGCAUCAUGUGAAAAUUGGGUUAAAGGUAAAACAGUGUGUCCAUCAAAUACCCUCCAUCGUAAUGGAAGCAACAAUCCAGCCAAUCACCCGCACAGUGCUCCGAGUUCGGCUGAACAUCGCUCCCGACUUCACCUGGAAUGACCAGGUACAUGGUGGUGUUGGAGAGCCCUGGUGGAUCUGGGUAGAAGACCCGACUAAUGAUCACAUUUAUCAUUCAGAGUACUUCAUCAUUCAAAAGAAACAGGUCAUUACUAAAGAACCUCAGCUGCUGGUGUUCACAAUCCCAAUUUUUGAACCUCUUCCUUCUCAAUAUUAUAUUCGAGCUGUGUCUGAUAGAUGGUUAGGAGCAGAGGCUGUGUGUAUCAUAAAUUUUCAACAUUUGAUUCUUCCAGAGAGACAUCCGCCCCACACAGAGCUUUUGGAUCUUCAGCCUUUGCCUAUCACAGCCUUGGGACAUCCUGAAUAUGAAGUUCUGUACAAAUUUACACACUUCAACCCUAUUCAGACACAGAUAUUCCAUACCCUUUAUCACACAGACUGCAAUGUUCUUCUUGGAGCUCCUACAGGUUCUGGAAAAAACUUUGCAGCUGAAUUAGCCAUCUUUAGAGUUUUUAACAAGUAUCCCACAUCAAAGGCAGUGUAUAUUGCACCCUUAAAAGCACUCGUCCGUGAGAGGAUUGAGGACUGGAAAGUUAGGAUUGAAGAAAAGCUUGGUAAAAAGGUUGUAGAAUUGACGGGAGAUGUGACUCCUGAUAUGAGAGCUAUUGCCCAAGCUGACCUGAUUGUUACUACCCCAGAGAAGUGGGAUGGUGUCAGCAGAAGCUGGCAGAAUAGAAGCUAUGUUCAGAAAGUUGCCAUUCUCAUCAUAGAUGAGAUCCAUCUUCUAGGGGAUGAGAGAGGCCCAGUAUUGGAAGUCAUUGUGUCUCGAACAAACUUUAUCUCAUCUCACACGGAGAAGCCAGUAAGAGUAGUUGGUUUAUCCACUGCUUUAGCAAACGCCAGAGACCUUGCUGACUGGCUAAACAUUAAUCAGAUGGGUCUGUUCAACUUCCGACCGUCCGUGCGCCCAGUUCCUCUGGAGGUGCACAUUCAGGGCUUCCCUGGUCAGCACUACUGUCCUCGCAUGGCCACCAUGAACAAACCUGCUUUUCAGGCAAUUCGGAGUCAUUCUCCAGCCAAGCCUGUUCUUAUUUUUGUGUCAUCCAGGCGUCAGACGAGGCUUACUGCCUUAGAUCUCAUAGCUUUCCUAGCCACAGAAGAUGAUCCCAAACAAUGGCUGAAGAUGGACGAAAGAGAGAUGAAUGACAUUAUAGUCACAGUUAGAGAUUCAAAUCUGAAGCUGACACUUGCUUUUGGAAUAGGCAUGCACCACGCAGGUCUGCAUGAAAGGGACAGGAAAACUGUGGAAGAAUUGUUUGUGAACUGCAAAAUCCAGGUUCUUAUUGCCACAAGCACAUUAGCUUGGGGUGUAAAUUUUCCAGCUCAUUUAGUAAUUGUUAAAGGAACAGAAUACUACGAUGGAAAAACAAGGCGUUACGUGGAUUAUCCCAUUACAGAUGUGCUUCAGAUGAUGGGGCGUGCUGGCAGACCACAGUUUGAUGACCAAGGAAAAGCUGUAAUUUUAGUUCAUGAUAUUAAGAAGGACUUCUACAAAAAAUUCCUUUAUGAACCUUUUCCAGUGGAAUCAAGCUUGUUAGAGGUGCUGGCUGACCACUUGAAUGCUGAAAUUGCUGCUGGAACUAUUACAUCUAAGCAGGAUGCAAUGGAUUAUAUCACCUGGACUUACUUCUUCCGUCGACUUAUAAUGAACCCAACUUACUAUAACUUGGAUGAUGUGAGCCAUGACACUGUGAAUAAAUACCUCUCAAGCCUUGUUGAGAAAUCCCUGUUUGAUUUGGAAGGCUCCUACUGUAUUGAAGUUGGGGAGGAUAAUCGCAGCAUUGAGCCCCUGACGUACGGCCGUAUUGCUUCCUAUUACUAUUUGAAGCAUCCAACUAUUGGGAUGUUCAAGGAUCAGUUGAAACCUGAAAGCAAUAUUGAAGAACUGCUCUUAAUUCUGACAAAUGCUGAUGAGUACACAGAUCUGCCUGUGAGACACAAUGAAGAUCAGAUGAACAGUGAACUGGCCAAACACCUUCCAAUUGAAGUCAAUCCCCAUUCAUUUGACAGCUCACACACAAAAACACACCUCUUGCUGCAAGCCCACUUCAGUCAUGCCAUGCUGCCUUGUCCAGAUUAUGCAACAGAUACAAAGACAGUGCUGGACCAAGCAAUCAGAAUAUGCCAGGCAAUGCUGGAUGUUGCAGCGCAUCAUGGCUGGCUGGUGACUGCUCUGAACAUAACCAACCUGGUGCAGAUGGUGGUUCAGGGUAGAUGGAUACAUGACUCAUCCCUGCUUACUUUGCCAAAUAUAGAGCUCCAGCAUCUUUACGUUUUUCGGAAGUGGAGCCAAGGCCAAAGAAAGAGUGUGCGUGGAGGUUACCAAGGACCUAUCGAGUGUCUUCCCGAACUAAUGGCUGCCUGUGAAGGAAAAGAGAAUGUUUUUGCUUCCAUUGUGGGCAGUGAGUUGCAAGCAGCACACAUUUCACAGGCUUGGAAUUUCUUGUGCCGUUUGCCAAUUCUAAAUGUCAGUCUGAGCAUUAAAGGCAGCUGGGAUGAUGCAGUUCAGCCACAGAACGAAGUACCUGUUCCUUCUUUGACAACAGACACACGAGAUGACAAGAGAUGGAUCAAACUGCAUGCUGAUCAAGAGUAUGUGCUCCAAAUAAAUCUGCACAGAACCCAAAUGGGAUACCAGGGAAAGCAGGACAGUAAAGCAAUGGCUCCUAGAUUCCCCAAAGUUAAGGAUGAAGGAUGGUUUUUGAUAUUGGGAGAAGUUGAUAAAAAAGAACUCAUCGCCCUGAAAAGAACCGGAUAUGUCAGAAAUCGAAAUACUGUUUCCGUUGCUUUUUAUACUCCGGAGACUCCUGGAAAGUGCAUCUACACCCUGUAUCUCAUGAGUGACAGCUACCUUGGCAUGGACCAGCAGUACGACAUUUACCUGAACAUUGUACCAGCACAAGGCACCACAGAGGGGACUGAGGCCAGGAGCCACCUGGCUCUGAAGUAAGGCUGUCUGCAAAGUCCACCCAGUCUAAAGAACUAGUCCUGCAACUAAGACAUGGUCAUUCUGGGACGUCUGAAAAUGCAUCUGCCUUAGUGGAACCAACUUCAAACCUCAAGACAACAGGGAAACCGAAAGUGACUGCUGUAUUAACUCUGCUGACAUCGAGUUAGCCACAGUGGCCUUACUCCUUUGUGAAGAUUUGUCUUUUCUUGUUUUAUCUUUCUUCUCUCAGAAGUCAGAUUGUUAGCUGAAUUUUAAAACAUCAAAAUAAAAGACUGAACAAUAUUGUAAUUUGUGCAAAUUCAGGGCUAUCAUCUUCAUUUUGAAAAGUGUUCUAUGGCCUGUCUAUUAAUAGCGUUUAAAUGGUCAACUUUUUUAAUUUAUAGGGAAAAAACCAAAAUCUGAUCUAAGAGCUGCUGAAAAUAUUGAUGGAUGUGUUAUAUUUCAUGUUUAAUAAAAAUAUUCCCAGAA